AUGAAUAAUUUUUACUCACCAAGAAUAUGUGAAGAGGAUAUUCUUAGUUCGCAAUCUUCAGAUGAAAAGAUGGAUACUGCUUCAGAAUCAUAUCGUUCCACGCAAAAUACCCCAAAUUCAGUAUUGUCAUCUGAUUUUGAAGAUCAUAUUGAACAUAACCCAGUGUUAAGACUAUUAGGACCAGAGAAGAAUGACAAUUCAAAAGUUUCUAAGUUAAACAAUGAGUUGAAUGAUAGUUUGAUAUCAAAAAUGUCACACCUUACUCUUAAAACUGCAACAGAUAGUCCUAGGCCUAAGCAUCUUGGGAUAAGUCCACCCAGGUUAAGUAGUACACUAACACUAACAACUAAUCAUCCACUUAUGUCCUUGGGAAGUCCAGAAGAAAACUUUCCAGAUUUAAUACCAAAGAAGAUACAUAAGGCUGAAGAUGAUAAGGAUUUAAGUCUCUCGAGUAUUGAAGAUGAAAGAAUUUUAAAUCAGACAAAUGGAUAUGAAUUUUACAGUCCUCAAAUGAAUACAUCUAAAAAUAAUCUCUAUUUCUCAGAAAACUUUGUUACAGCAGAUAGCCAACUUCUUAAUGAGUCCUUGAAUGUAAUUCCUCCAGAUGUUGCAAUAGUAGAGCAAGUAAAUCAGAAAGAAAGACGGAAAAUAGUCCCAAAAUUUACUGAGACACCUAAUAAGACCCAAUUUACACCAAAAAAGAAUCAUAUAGUGCCAGAUAGAGAAAAAGAAAGUGCCAUAAUUAAAAGUUUUGGAGAAAGGACACAAAAAAUUUCUAGUCAAAGUACACCGAAAUCAAAUUGUGCUAUAAAUAUAACCCAACCAGAAGAAUUUCAUUCUGGGGUUGCAGAAUGGUGCGAAUCUCCUUCACAUUUACGGUCAUUACCAAAUUUCGAAUUACCCAUUGAGAUGUCAAGUACUAUUGGAAUUCAGAAUUAUUUGGAUUCUCCUGAUGUGGUCUCUUCCUCCACACAAGAAGACAAAUCUGCUUAUCAAGCAUUAUUAGAUCCUUAUACCGGCAGUGUUGCGCUUCGCCACAGAACUGCUAAAAGUCCGGGUCCGCCGCGCAGAAAGAUACAUUUGCCACCAGAAGAUGACCGAUGUAGUUUAGACAGUGUAAGUGGAUGCUCCUUGGAGUCCGAAGAAGAGCCCCCCGAACCUGAACCCAUUACUGAAGACCAAAUACAUCCAGAGAGCGAAGUUGAUGAUACUAAGAGGUCUAAAUCAACAAAUACAGCAAGUGAAUGUAGUGAUCCAAUACCAGAAUAUUCCGCUGCGGAAGAACUACACGACGAACGGUCAUGGCUGACAGUACAACACAGUGGCCGUAAAGCUACCUGUGAUAUGAAGGUCAUAGAGCCAUACAAACGGGUGCUAUCACACGGUGGAUACGAGAGCAGCGGCGCGGCCAUUAUUGUGUUUAGCGCUUGCCAUCUUCCAGACACAGCAAGGCCAGACUAUAGAUAUGUUAUGGAUAACUUGUUCUUAUAUGUAAUAUGGAGUUUGGAACGACUAGUGACAGAUGAAUAUGUGUUAGUAUAUUUGCAUGGUAGUGCUGGCCGCAGGCGACUUCCAACCUUUGCCUGGCUACAUGAGUGCUAUAAACUCAUUGAUAGAAGAUUAAGAAAAAGCCUUAAACAUCUGUACCUUGUUCAUCCCACAUUUUGGCUAAAGUCCUUUGUAGUUAUAACAAAGCCAUUCGUCAGCUCCAAGUUCUUUCGCAAACUGAGCUACGUGCGAAACCUCAAUGAAUUAGUGCAGCAAGUACCCGUCGAGCCUAACGCCAUUCCAGAGAUCGUCAAAGAAUACGACGCGUCGCGCCGA